AUGUUUUUAAGAGUUAUUAUUUUAAUUUUGAGUUUUUUAUGUAACUUUGAAGAGAGUAAGAUUACAACGGGAGCCCCUUAUUUCGAUGACAACGAAUUUGUACCACGAGUGGUCAACGGGUGGCCGGCUAAACUUGGUGAUGUUCCUUAUCAGGUGGGAUUUAAAAAGGAGAUACCGCGUCAAAAAAUAUACAUGACUUUCUGUGGUGGUGUUAUCAUCGCUCACACCAAAUUACUGUCCGCAGCGCAUUGCUUUGCGAAUGACCCGAAUUUCUGCCAAAGACUUUGUGGAUCUCAGGGAUCUAAACGGACAGUAUCACACGUAUACGCAGUUGCGGGUAAUCUGAGAAAUCGUGAUUACUACGGCGCGGAUUCGCCUGAAUCUGGACAAUGGAGGAUGGUCAAAACUGUCACGUAUCCUAAAACUUACAAGUUUCCGAAGGAUGAUAUCGCUGUAUUAUUUACAACGAUGCCAUUUAUUUACAAUACGCAUGUGAACGCUAUACCAUUUGCUUCACGAUUCGCGGACUAUCACGGGAAGUGCUUGGUGUCAGGUUAUGGACGCAUUUCCAAAUCAUCCACUUCAAGCAAGUUACUAUUAGCUCAUCUGGACCUCAUACCGAUAAGAACCUGUAACAGGAUGUUUAGAAAAAAUAUGAGAAAAUUCGUUUGUACAUCAAGUAGACUAACCGAUGUUGGCAAGGGGGAUUCCGGAGGGCCUCUCGUUUGUAUGAACACAGGAGACCCUAACGAGAAAGCUGGUCAAGGGAUCCUUGUAGGCAUAGUUAGUGGCCACAGAUACCACACUGGGUCUUUUUUUACGCGCGUUUCGUACUUCUAUAGAUAUAUCGAAAAAAACAAAUCAUGUCAAAUUUGUCUUGCUAGAGAAGCGACUUGUUUUCUUAUCUUAAUAUACACUUUAUUAUUAUUUUGA